CAAUCAUAGAAAUCUUUUGAAAAUUAAUCUCAAUGAAUUUUUUCAAGGAAAAACAUAAAUUAACAAUGUCAUUUCGUUUACAGUUCUUGUCUAAUAUUCUUUCUAUUUUUCUCGUUUUAGGUCUUUCAUUCAAUCAACCAAAGUUUUCUGCAACAGCCACUUGGAAUUCCAAUGGAAUUACCAUUGCCAAUCGAUCGAUUGUUGGUCAAUCUCCUGGCGCCAUUUUUGUGAAUACAAACAACACGAUCUAUGUUGCUAAUCAACAAAAUCACACAAUUGUAAUGUGGCAUGAAGAGAGUGUCAAUCCAACAAAGAUCAUUCAUGGUAAUUUUAUAAGACCUCGGUCUCUCUUCGUGACAUCGAAUGGUGAUAUUUACAUCGAUGAUGGCUGGAGGAAUGGUCGAGUGCAGAAAUGGGUGGCAGAAACAAAUACCUUUGUCACAGUGAUGAAUGCCAACUCAUCAUGUUGGGGUUUGUUUGUCGAUAUCAAUAAUACUCUUUAUUGUUCAAUGUAUAAUGAUGAUCAAGUAGUGAAAAGAUCAUUGAAUGAUGCUGAGAUGUCCUCAAAUCGUGUUGCUGCUGGAAUAGGUAUUUACGAACGUGGCUCGAAUGAACUUAAUGGUCCGAAAGGAAUCUUUGUCGAUGUGAAUCUGGAUUUAUAUGUGGCAGAUUGUGAAAAUGAUCGAAUUCAGUUGUUUCACUCAGAAGAAUUAAAUGGUAUCACAGUGGUUGGAAGUGAAUCACUAAAUCCAACAAUUAUACUUGUUUGUCCAACUGGAAUUGUAUUAGAUGCUGAGAAGUAUUUGUUCAUUGUGGAUAGUGUCAAUAAUCGCAUUGUUGGUUCAGGCUUGCAUGGCUUUCGAUGUUUAGUUGGAUGUUAUGGAAUGGGUUCAAGAUCCAAUCAAUUGAAUAAGCCAAUUAGUUUGAGUUUUGAUUAUUCUGGAAACAUCUUUGUUAGUGAUCAAGAAAAUUCUCGAAUCCAAAAGUUUUUAUUGAUGAAAGAUU